AUGGCCAGCGGCAUCUACGUGACCUGGCAGUCGCCGGACGAGCGCGAGUGCUGUCGGAUCCAGAGCAACUCCUCCUGCCUCUGCGGCCACGCGCUGAAAUCCCACGACGCGCCCAAGGGCGGCGGCGCGCGCCUCCGGCCGCCCGGCUGCUCCAAGUGCGGCUGCUCGCGGUUCCGCUACGCGCCGACGAGGCCCGAGGAGUGCGGCCAGUGGUGGCUGCCCCGACGCAAGGACUUCGACGUCAAGGCCUGGCGCGCGCGCGUGCGCAAGAAUCCCCAGGACUACGCCUGCCUGAACUGCGACCAAAAAGUGUCGGACCACGAGGCCGUCUUCGAGACGGAGCGCGCGCGGCGCGACGCGGGACGUCCCGUGCGCGAGGCCUUCGCGCCCCUCGCGUCGACGCCGGAGCUCCAGGCGCUCGUCCUC